GAGGUAAGGAAUUAUUGAGCAUCACCACCUCCUAGAAGGCUAGAAGUACCCAGGUGUUUAACCCACUCUCUGAAAUUUGCUAUAAAUAUUCAACAAUUUCCCCUGUGUUGUUGAUCAAUACAAAGAGUUUGAAUCUUAUCAAUCACAGCAGUAGCAAUGGGAGACGAGAUUAUCCUGUUGGAUUUCUGGCCUAGCAUGUUUGGUAUGAGGGUCAGACUUGCCCUGGCAGAGAAGGGCCUCAAGUAUGAAUAUAAAGAGGAGGACCUGAGGAACAAGAGCCCUAUGCUUCUUGAGAUGAAUCCAGUUCAUAAGCAAAUCCCGGUUCUGAUCCACAAUGGAAAGCCCAUUUGUGAAUCUCUGAUAAUAGUUCAGUAUAUUGAUGAGGUUUGGCACGAUAAAUCUCCGCUUUUGCCUAGUGACCCAUACCAGAGAGCUCAGGCCAGGUUCUGGGCGGACUACGUAGACAAGAAGCUCUAUGGACUUGGAAGGAAGCUAUGGUCUACCAAAGGAGAAGAGCAGGAAACAGCCAAGAAGGAAUUCAUAGAGUGCCUUAAGCUUUUGGAAGGCGAGCUUGGAGAGAAGCCUUACUUCGGUGGUGAAAAAAUUGGGUUUGUGGAUGUGGCUCUGGUGACCUUCUCUUGCUGGUUUUAUGCGUAUGAGAGCUGUGGUAACUUCAGCAUAGAGGUGGAGUGCCCCAAGUUGAUCGCUUGGACCAAGAGGUGCAAGGAAAAGGAGAGUGUGUUGUCUUCUCUCGAAGACCCACACAAGGUCCAUGGCUUUGUCAUGGGGAUGAGAGAGAGGUUUGGUAUAGAGUAAAAGGGGAACAUCUUGUGUGGGUCUUCUCUCAAAGACGACACAAGGCCGAUGGCCUUGUCAUGUGAAUGAGAAAGAAGUUUGGCAUAGAAUAAAAAGGGGAACAUCAUGGGCUAUUGAGUAGUGUUGUAUUCUUAAAUAUAAGAGGAGUGUUUUCUUAAAUUUGCUUUAAGUGAUAUGGGUUUACUGAGCUGUGUGGUUGGAAAGAAAUGUUUUGAAUUUGUUUUCUUUUGUUUGGAUUAGAGAUGUGGUCUUGUAUUAAAGAAAGGGAUAAUUGUGUUUUGAACCCAAUUGGACCUAAAAAUUAA